CCUCACACACACACUGUUUGGCAGAUUGUAGCGGAGUGUGUGAGAAGUGGAGGCGCUCAGUAUCAGCCCGUCCGGUGGACUCCGCUCCUGGAAUUAGAUGUCGGUACCGCCCGCGCUCCAUGAGGAGAGUGUCCGUGCCGGUGGAAGCCGUCAGCGCUGAGCUGUAGCCUGGGCUAUGGGAGAGGAGCGGCUGAAAGUUUUCUGGAGCUAUUGGGAGAAACCCCCACCUGGACCGCUCUCCCCCCUGAGAGCCCGCCGCCCCCUCCUCAGCUGAGAGCCGCACACAGCCGGGGACACGCCGCGCCUUCCGGAUGCCUCUGUCCAAGAUGCCCGGCUGGGUUAUCCUACCCAUCACCCUGCCCGCCUUCACCAUCACCGGCAUGUGGAUCGUGUAUGCCAUGGCAUUAUCAAACAACCACAUAUGCCCUGUCUCUAACUGGGUUUACAAUCACACCUGUGACACGCUGAAUGAUGGGACCUGCUGCACUUUAGAUCACAUCCCCCUUGUGAGCAAAUGUGGUAACCUUCCACCAGAGAGCUGCUUCUUCAGUCUCAUAUGCAGUCUAGGCUCAUUCAUGGUGAUGGUCAUUGGAUUGCUGAGAUAUGCCUUUGUCAUUGAACGAUAUGGUCCCUCCCUGCUGAACACUGUAGCUUUUGUGUUGGGUUGGAUUUGUGCUGCUGGACUCACCAUGGUUGGUAAUUUUCAGGUUGAUCACGCCAAAGUUCUGCACUACAUAGGAGCAGGAGUUGCCUUUCCAACUAGUAUGAUGUUCAUUUGUUUUCAGUCUAUCCUGACAUACCGCAUGGCACACACUUACUGGAACUGGUGGGCAGGACAUGUACGCUGUCUUCUUACAUUAUUCGGACUGGUCAUUUUAGUGCUCAGUGGUGUCUUCUUCAUCCAGGAAGGCUUUGUGCUACAACACUUGGCUGCUCUCUGUGAAUGGACUUUUAUAAUAAAUGUUCUUGUCUACUAUGGAACUUUUGCCUUUGAAUUUGGGGCAAUCACCACAGAUACAUUCCUGGUGCUCCUCAAGGCAAGCCGGGCCCCAAAGAGUUAUAAGUCAGGAACCAGCACUCCAGCCACACCUCAUGCUCAUAGCACUUCUGAGAAUUUGGCUAUGAUCUGACUGUACCAGAGUGCUAACACGGACAUCACAUGCAAUCCCUGAGCCGCCUUAUGAUCCUGAACAACAUCAGAACACUUUGCUGUGCAAUGGAGGCUCAAUAUUAUAGAGGGCGGAUCACGUGACCAAAAUUUUUUUUUUUUUUUAAAGAUUAGAAAGAAAAAGUUGAUUUGUUUUAUGUUGACUGUUAUGAUUUUGGUGAAUAAGUCUAAGAUACAUUAUAUGUACAGGGCAUUAAUGAAUAAGCCAUAAAAUUGUAUAUUUUUAUAUAGCGCAUUUCUAUAGUCAAGUCACCACAAAGAAUAUCCUAGGCUAAAAUUUGUGUCAAGUACACAAUAUGCCUAUUACAGAAUAUGAAAUAUAUUACAUAAGUGGUGCACUGGUAAAGAAAACUAGAGCUUGGUAUUGGCAAUUAUAGUUUGCUUUUACAAGAAUAUCACCUACGGGGCCUUAUAAAUGGUAACAGGGAAUUUUGGAGGAGCUCCAGUCUGGGCAAAAAUAAAUUAAGUCAGCAGCUACAAAUACUGUAGCUGCUGACUUUUAAUAUUGGAAUACUUACCUGUCCAGGGAUCCAAUGAUGUUGGCACCCUGAGUUGAUUCACCAAUUGGCUUAGGGUACAGGCGCCGUCAUCUUCACUAAGGGAAACCAGCAAUGAAGCCUUCAGACUUGAUUGUGGUUUCUUAUUGCGCAUCUACGAGUCACACUGCGCUUUCUGAAUGGUCCUGUCGAAUUCUGGGACCUGUGUGUGUCCCAGAAGGUAGUGGGAGGAAGGAGGAGGGGCCGGAAGUACUUGGAGAUCGUCGCAGUGAUCUUACCCGGAAGUGGAAGCGGAUACCUGUCAAUACCAGGUACCUGCUUCUCCCAAAAAAUUGCCAAAUGUGGCAGUGGAGGGGGGGGGGGGUCGAACAAACAAAUUGUCCCCUUUUCAGUGUAGCUCUGCUUUAAGUCCUUGGAGGGAGCAGUGUAGCACAUUUUGCCUUAACGAGACUUAUCUGAAGCUACUUUUCUUGCUGGAAGUCUGUUUAGCACAUUUUACAACUAAUAUUACAGAAAAAAGCAACUGUACUCCAAUGUUAACCUAAAUCUAUUAUACUAAGUCUGCUGAAGCAGUGGGGCUCAUUCCAUCUAAAAUCUGAUUGUUCUCUUCAAAAGAAAUAGCAUGGUCAGGUACAUAGGCCAGCACUGAAAGAUCCUGGAGCAACUUUUUCAGCAAGAAAAGUAUUAAAGUCCUCCCUUUACUAUCUAUGCAUCCCAUCAGUACUGUUAAUAUCACAUUUGAGAAUCACACUCGGUUAUAGUUCCUGUACGUCAAAACAAAAUGCCUUAUUAACCAUUCAAUCUAAUAACAUUCAUCGCCUAUAUUCAUCCAGGUACCAAAUUAUGCUGUUUUUGUGACGGCCAUAUGAGUACUACUACAAUUACUUCAUAAAUGCACUGCCGUCCUUUGUAUCAACAUGGUACAUGUGUGGACAGAUACGACUUCUCAGUUUAAGAUAAUUUAAUGCCUGAUGCAUUGUGCUUCAAUUCACUUAUCAGAUUUAUUUUGUUUUGGAUAGGGUUUAGAAGGGUUACGUCAGGUUUUACAUGCUGCCUGUGUACGCACUGAGAUUUUUAGUCAGAUCUGAAAGUUCUCAUGUGUCCACAUAGAUAUGACUUCUCUUCCUGAGACGGUCACUUAAACAGUAGUUAAUCGUGCUCAAGGUUCUAACCUUUCCUCCCUCUGCUCUGCUUGUCUGCCCUGGAAAGGAUUAUUGCUCUUUUUAAACAGGAAUUACGGAAAAUUAGGCAUUACUACAACAACAUAGAUUCUAAUUUAGAAUUUUGAUCUGAUUUACUGAUCACUAUUGCACUUUGCACGUUAUUAAUCAAAGCCAGUUUUCCAAAGGUGCAAACAAGACCAAACCAUUUCAAUAAAAAAUAGGCAUUUUUAAUGUAGCAAAACCUA